AUGGCAAUCUUACAUUAUCUCGAAUUCAUCCUCUGUCGGUUGCUGUACCCUAUUCGCGGUCAUGAUUCAUACCAGAUCAUCCAUUGCCCGGCCUUCAAUGACCUUCGGGAGCCAAAUAUGACCCUUGAAGCUACUGAAGUUGGCCCAUCAGGAUCAAAACUACCUCUCGACUGCACUUGCAAAGCCGAAGAUGGCAGAGGUGCCCUUCCUGACCUACGCUGGACCGCUCCCAAUUCCCGCCAAGAAGUCAUGGAAUACAUACUGCUCUGCGAGGAUCUUGAUGCGCCAAUCCCAUUUUCUGUCAUCGACCACGGCUUCUUGUGGGCGAUACCAGCCUCAACCACUAAGGCUGGACCCAAAGAUGUCGCGCCUGGUGAACAUGCCAAGAUAUCUCGUCAAACCGUUUCCGGGUGGCGCUUUGUGCCCAAUAUCCUUGGAUUGCCCUAUAUCGGCGCUGGUGCACCCCUUGGACAUGGGAAACAUCGCUACGUUUUCACUAUUGUGGCUCUCAGCGAGUCAUUAAAGUUCCAAGCUCCCGAAAAGACUAGCAAAAAAGACAUCAAGCGGGCUAUUGAAGGAAAAGUAAUUGGCUGGGCCCAGUGGACUGGGAUAUUUGAGAAGCCUUGGCCUCGCUAG